AUGUGGUGGAUGCGUCGGGCGCCUGGGGGUCAGCUGCUGUUGGGCGUGGCGCUCCUUGCCCUGUCUGCUGGCGGAGAGGACCAAGAUUCGACUGCUGCGGAUAUUUUCGUGGCCCAGGAUGGAACACUCCACAUUAAUAGCACGGGGCGCGUGCUGCUCAAUGGCGUGGACAUUAUGGCUGAGCUGAGUAACCUGCGCGCCUUUUUUGACGAGCACCCAAGCGUCACGUGGCAGAAACCCGAACAGAACAUCCUGGGAAGGUUCGAUGGGGGCGUGCGCUGGGUCGCGACGGGUGAUUUGGAUGAAGAUGGCUUUCCAGACGUUUUGUAUGUUGUGCUCGAAUCACGCACCGCUUAUUGGCGCCGCAACUUGGGAGAUGAAACCUUUGCUGCGCCGGUGCCCAUGAAUGACCCCAGCACCCCAGUCCUGACCCUUCACGUGUCAGACCUGGAUGCUGAUGGACACCUGGAUGUACUUGGCACCGGCAUUGCUAACAACACUGUGCUGUGGUUCCGCAAUCAGGGCAACGGCACCCUCGCUGCUGGAACCGUGAUAGCUUCGACUGCCGGAGGCAUUCAUUUGGCAACGGCUGACCUGAAUGGCGAUGGUCACCUGGACAUUAUUCAAGCCACUUAUAGGACUCGAGUCCUUAACGUUUUUCUGAGCAAGGGGCAGGCUGGCUCGUUCGAUGCGCCACGCAUGCUUUCCGGCUCCGGUUCGUGUGCGGCGCUCUGGGCAGCAGAUUUGGAUGAAGAUGAGCACGUGGACCUGUUGACGGGAGAUUUCGACGGAACGGCCUUGGUUUGGUUUCGAAAUCUCGGCAAUGGCACAUUUGCUCCACCGCAGUUGAUCUCCAAUUCUUGCGGCGCCGUUGCCUCGGCCGUGGCUGUUGACCUGGAUGCCGAUGGGUCUGUGGAUGUGCUGUGUGCCAGCUACUCAAACGGGACAAUUUUGUGGUACCGUGGUCUCGGUGGUGGGCGAUUUUCCGAGCCGCUUCUCAUCUCAGACGUGCUUGUGCAGCCCACCAACAUUCAGGUCGCUGAUAUGGACAAGGACGGGCGGCUUGAUUUGCUCGCAACAAGUUCGACCAACGAUACCAUUGUGUGGUAUCGGCAAACAAAUGUCGGCGCUUUUUCUCAGGCAAUCUCGAUUUCCGACGCAGGGGACCGAGUCUUCACCCUCGCUGUGGCAGAUUUGCGGGCCACUGGCAAUUUGGAUGUGCUGAGUGCCAGUUUCAACGACGGCAAGGUGGCCUGGUACCGCAAUCAAGGCGACUGGGCGUGGCGCGCCCGUUUUUACUAG